AUGGAAACACUGAAUCAGCUUACUUCUGUUGAUAUACAUGCACAGGCCUCCACCUCUGCCGUAUCUGUUCCUCAAAGAAUUUAUCCGGAUGGGAUGAGACCUGAGUUUGACUUUGGGGCAUUAGGCAUAUACAAUGCCCCAUGUUGGAGUGUUGAGCUUCCUGACGGUUCUGGUGGUACUCAAGUUUUGCCGGUUCCAAGGGCACCAUUGGUGGAAGGAUUGCCUCUGCCUCCCAACAUACAGGAGCCACACAAGGCUGCUUAUGAGUAUUUGUUUGAGCUAGUUGGUGCCCUGAAACAUAUGAUGGUAACAAGGGAGACUGAGAACAUGGCCCUUGUGUCUGCUUUGCGAAGUAGAGCUAGGAAACGAAAGGGUAAGGGGUAA